AUGGAAACGAUCAAUGUUGUGAUUGAUGAUGCACCAUCCACUCAACCAUCGGAUGUGGAAACAGAUGUUGAACCAUCCUCUAUACCAACUGAUGCUGAGAAGGAUGUUGAAGCAUCCAAAGGAGGAUCUAGCCCACAUGCUAACACUGCCACUGGGUCGUUUGGCAGUGGAUCUAAUACUGAAGCUUCCACUGAAGAGGAAGUAAACAAAGAAAGUACCCCUGAAGAUGUGGCUGAUUCUGAGCCAGAGAAUGAAGCUGGUGAGGACUCUGAGAAAACCACCAAUGAAGAACAGGACAUAGUGGAUGUUGAUGAAGUCCCCUCUGAAGAAGAUCUGCAACCUCCACCCACUCAAAAAGGUAUUGGGAGAAGACUAAGAAGCAGAACCACUACACCUGCACCUGCUGUUACCACUACCCCUGUUGUCAUCAAGAAAACAAAGGACACUACUCUGAAACCUGUCAAGUAUGGUCCUAAGAAAGGAUGGAGCAAGCCUAUACCUCCUCCUGAAAAGAAUAAGGGUGUGCUGAAAAGGAAGAGUGCACCAUCAAGUGACUCUGAAUUUGAAGCUGAAAAGGAUGACUCAAGCAUCAAGCCUCCUGCUAAGAAGGCUAUGUCUGCUAAGAAGGCCAUGCCUCAAUCUGUUGCUCCUGACAUUGAAGACUUUCCUUGCAAAGAUAUUCUGGAAUGUGAAGAGAUUGUGAGUUUGAUCAAUGAUGCUGGAUUGAUCAAAACUGUGUGGGGCUUAGGCUCCUGCUAUGAAAAGCUGGUUAGGGAGUUUGUUGUCAACAUCCCUAUAGGUUGUGACAAUCCAUUGGACAAAGAAUUUCAGAAGGUAUAUGUUCGAGGAAAAUGUGUGACAUUUUCUCCAAGUGUGAUCAACAAGGUGCUGGGUAAUGCUGAUGAUCCUCACCCUGACAUAGAUGUAUCUGACAAUGUGGUCUGCAAAACUAUCACAGCUGAAAAGGUGAAAACCUGGCCCAAGAAGGCGAAGGUACCUGCUGUCAAGCUAACCCAAAAGUAUGCCAUCUUGAAUCGUAUUGCAUCUGUCAACUGGGUUCCUACAACACAUGCAUCUGAUAUUGCAACAAAUCUGGGUAAGCUCAUUUAUAUGAUUGGUACUGGCACUAAGUUUAAUGCUGGUCUAUACAUUUUCAAUCAAGUUGUGCAGCAUGCUAAGACCUCUGUCACCAAGCAACCCAUUGCAUUUCCAACUUUGAUCUGUGAUAUCAUCUUGUCCCAACAUCCUAAUAUAAGGCACGAGGAUGAGUCUGCUAAGAAAAGGGCAACUCCUCUGGCCAUUCAUCAGAAGCUGUUCAGUAAACAGCAUGCUCCAGAUAUUGCUGGACCAUCAAAUGCUGCUGCUGACACUCCUAUGACAAGGAAGGAGAUGAUUGCUAUGCUGGAAGCAAACUGUAAGGAGCUAGAUGAAAAGAAGUUGCAGUUUGAAAGGAUGAUACAUGCUCUCAGGGUUGAAGAGGCUGCAGCUCAAGCAGCUGAUGCAGGUGAUGAUGGUUCUAGUGGUGAAGAAGAAGCUGACUCAGAUGCUGAAGGAGAAGAAAGUGAUUCCUCCCCAAGUGCUUCUGUUUAA